AUGCAUCCCAAAGACUCUAUCAAGUCCACCUGGCCUCUUGGCAACAAGUCGGAAUGGGGUGUUAGCCAUCACAUCAUACAUGCCUUGAACACCUACCCUAUCGGCCCAGGCGAGGACGUGCCUGUGCAUAAAAAGACCGACAAGAUGCCCUAUUUCUCUCAGUGGCAGAACCACGUAUGGGUUCUCUUGCACGCCUUUGCGCCAAUUGCAAUUCACCAAGCUUUGCUAUCUUGUGCGCACCAGGAUGCCCUCCAUCCUGUCCCUGUUUUUCUUUUGUACUUUGCCACGUUUAGCUGGACUGUUGUUCGAGAAGUCAAAGCUGCACGCAAACUGGGGCAUCAGUAUGGGUUCCUAGAUGGUGACUCUCAUGAGCGUGAUGGGAUCCCGGAUGUUGGAGUUGACAAGGUGGUUACGUCUCUGUGGAAGACGACUGGGUCACGUAUCCUCUUGGCGACAUGCAUCAGCUACAAGACCGGACAGUCUCCAUUGUCUGUCAUGAGCGACUGGUCUUGGUGGGUAUGGCUAUACCUCCAAAUCGGACUAUACGGCAUCAUUCUCGACUUUUGGUUCUAUGUCUACCAUCGGGCUAUGCACGACAUUGAUUCUUUGUGGAAGUAUCAUCGAACUCAUCACCUGACGAAACAUCCCAAUACUCUUCUUGCCGCCUAUGCCGACCACGAGCAAGAGUUUUUCGACAUGGUUGGAGUGCCGUUCCUAACAUGGGCGACAUUUCAGUGUCUCGGUAUCCCGCUGGGCUUUUAUGAGUGGUGGGUCUGUCACCAGUACAUUGCGUUCACAGAGGUCCUUGGCCACAGUGGACUCAGAGUCUGUGGUAUGCCUCCCUCGACUCUGAAUUGGUUGUUGCAGCUGGUUGGCGCUGAACUUGUGAUUGAGGAUCAUGACCUGCAUCAUCGCAAGGGAUAUAGAAAGAGCCACAAUUACGCUUAG